UCUCCGUUGUUACCAUUUCACGAUAAAUUAAUACUUCUCCGUUUCAUAUUAAUUGUUCAACUUAUUAUAAAUAAUUAUCCUAAGUUACUACAUUAACUAAAUUUUUUUCAUAAAAUUAUCUUUUAUUAUUUAUGAUUUCUGACGUAUAAAAUUAAUAUGAUAUAGAAGGAGUAUUGUGUUUUAUUUUCUCUCUAUAUAAAUACACAGAGAAAGGAACCCUAGUCCCUAUUUCUAAUUUCAUAAUUCCUAAUUCUCUUUUUUUUCCAAAAAAAAGUUCCAAACAUGGCCGAUAGAGUAUACCCAGCUGCAAAACCCGCCACCACCAACGGCACCGCCGCCGCUCCCGCCACUACCGGCGGUGACGGCGGAGCAAAUCCAGCUUUUCCGGCGAACAAAGCUCAGCUUUACAACGCUGCACGCCCUACUUACCGUCCCGUGCCGCCACCCCGCCGGAAACACCGCCGGAGCUGUUGCUGUUGUUGUUGCCUCUUCAUUACCUUCCUCAUAGUCAUUCUUAUCCUCCUUGCUGCAAUUGCCGGUGCUAUUUUCUGGGUGCUUUACCGACCUCAGAGGCCAUCAUUCUCCGUUUCAACUCUUCAAGUCUCUCAAUUCAAUCUCACCUCAACAAAACUCGCUUCCAAGUUCAAUCUCUCCAUCGUAGCCCGUAACCCUAACAAAAAAAUCUCAUUCCUCUACGAUCCGAUCAACAUUUCGUUCAAUUCCGACGAUUCUGAGAUCGGCUCCGGAUCAUUACCCGCCUUUACACAUGAUACAAAAAACACAACGACGUUGAAGACAGUCGUAUCAAGUUCAGGAACAACUCUCGAUGAUUCAGUAAUUUCCACACUGAGAUCUAAGCUGAAUAAGAAGAAAAAUCUACCGCUAGAGAUAAAGCUUGAUACAAAAGUUAAGGUAAAAAUUGGAAGCUUGAAGACGACGAAAGUUGGAAUUAGAGUUAACUGUGAUGGUAUUAAGAUCACUGUUCCUUCCGGGAAAACUCCGACGAAAGCUACUACUUCCGAUGUGAAAUGCAAAGUGGAUCUUCGGAUCAAGAUCUGGAAAUGGACUCUCUGAUCAGAAGAAGGAAAUAGUGUGAUUUUCCUUUACCCUUUUCAAUUUGCUUGUUGAUUUUUAUUUUUAUUUUUAUUUUUUUUAACUAAUAUUUUUGGUUUUUGGUAAAUGGAUGUUUGGAGGAUAUAGUUUAAUUUGGUUUUUUGUUAUAUAUAUACAUAAUCUGCUCAAAUUUGUUCAGUUAGAAUUGGGAGUAGCAGCAUAUAUUCAUUCUUAAUAUACAGAGUAUUUGUUUUUUGGGUUAUGAUCAUAAUUCAUAAUAUUGGAUUUGAA